CGGCGCGGCGCUGGCUGGGCUCCUUCCGCACCUUUCCGCGGGUGACGGCGGCGGGCCGCCUCCUCGGGGCCGGGCCAUGGGCGGGGACGGGGGCCCGGGGGUUAAAGGGAGGCUCGCACGCAGCCCGGUUGCCUGUGCCCGUGCGGCGGCGUCCCCGCGGCCCGGUGUUAGGGGGAGGACGCGCCGCGGGAGCCCGUGGAUGGCGGCCCGGAGCCUUAAGGUUAAAAGAACCUCUUGACCAAAGACUGCCCCAGACAGGAAAUCAAACAGGCUCAGGAAAACAGGAAGUGAGAAGGCGGAACGCUGCAUUGAGGACCAGCCCACUAACUGUUUGACCUGCUCAGGGAAGUAAACCAUCUAUCUCCAGAAAUGUCUUUGGAAAAUAAAGAGCAACAUGACCCUUCACCAAGGGACUUACCUGAAGAAGCCUUCAGCCUUCCGGCCGAGGUCCCCCCGGAGGCUCAGAGGGGCUCAAGCACUGACUUACCACAGUUUGAGACCAGCGAUCAGUGCAGACCUUAUCGUAGGAUCCACCUGGAACCUCAGGAGAAGCCAGACACUGACAUCAAAAAAGCUGUCAUCAGAAAGCUGCAGAAGAGCUGCCGGUGUAGCCCAGCCAAAGUCAGGAGCGCGGUCUUUGAUUUCCUUCCUGUUUUGCGGUGGCUCCCAAAAUACGAUCUGAAGAAGAACAUUUUAGGUGAUGUGAUGUCUGGCCUGAUUGUGGGCAUACUUUUGGUGCCCCAGUCUAUUGCUUACUCGCUGUUGGCUGGCCAGCAGCCUAUCUAUGGUCUGUAUACAUCGUUUUUUGCCAGCAUCAUUUAUUGCCUGUUUGGUACCUCUCGCCACAUCUCUGUGGGCAUUUUUGGAAUACUGUGCCUUAUGAUCGGUGAGGUAGUUGACCGGGAACUACAUAAAGCCUGCCCUGACAUGACUGCUACACCUUCUUCGUUAGCGGUGGUCUCAAAUGGAUCCCUGUUAGUAAACCAUACAUUAGAUGGCCUUUGUAACAAAAGUGAUUAUGCCAUUAAAAUUGGCAGCACUGUGACCUUCAUGGCUGGAGUUUAUCAGGUAGCCAUGGGCUUCUUUCAAGUGGGCUUUAUCUCGGUCUACCUCUCAGACGCCUUGCUGAGUGGCUUUGUCACCGGUGCCUCCGUCACUAUCCUCACGUCUCAGGCCAAGUACCUCCUCGGGCUGAGCCUUCCUCAGAGCAGUGGUGUAGGCUCAGUCAUCACUACCUGGAUCCAUAUCUUCAGAAAUAUCCAUAAGACCAAUAUCUGUGACCUCAUCACCAGCCUGUUGUGUCUCCUGGUCCUUUUGCCAACCAAAGAACUUAAUGAGCACUUCAAGGCCAAGCUCAAGGCACCAAUUCCAACCGAACUCAUUGUUGUUGUGGCGGCCACAUUAGCUUCUCAUUUUGGAAAACUGAACGAGAAUUACAAUUCCAGUAUUGCUGGACAAAUCCCCACUGGGUUUAUGCCGCCCAAAGCACCAGACUGGAGCCUGAUUCCUAAUGUGGCUGUCGAUGCCAUCGCUAUUUCUAUCAUUGGCUUUGCUAUCACCGUGUCACUUUCUGAGAUGUUUGCCAAGAAACACGGCUACACGGUCAAAGCAAAUCAAGAAAUGUAUGCCAUUGGCUUUUGCAACAUCAUACCGUCUUUCUUCCACUGCAUAACUACCAGUGCAGCCCUUGCAAAGACACUGGUUAAAGAAUCAACAGGCUGCCAGUCCCAGCUGUCGGCUAUAGUGACGGCCCUUGUUCUUUUGCUGGUCCUUCUGGUAAUAGCUCCUUUAUUCUACUCCCUUCAAAAGUGUGUCCUUGGUGUGAUCACUAUUGUAAACCUCCGGGGUGCCCUUCUUAAAUUUAGAGACCUGCCCAAGAUGUGGAGGGUUAACAGAAUGGACACAGUUAUCUGGUUUGUUACUAUGCUGGCCUCUGCUCUGUUAAGCACAGAAAUAGGCCUGCUGGUUGGGGUUUGUUUCUCUAUGUUCUGUGUCAUCCUCCGUACCCAGAAGCCCAAGGUUUCACUGCUUGGUUUGGAAGAAGAGUCUGAAAUCUUUGAAUCCAUUUCUGCCUACAAGAACCUUCAGAGCAAGCCAGGCAUCAAGGUUUUCCGCUUCAUAGCCCCUCUCUACUACAUAAACAAAGAAUGCUUUAAAUCAGCUUUGUACAAGAAAACUCUAAACCCAGUCUUGGUAAAGGCAGCUUGGAAGAAGGCAGCAAAGAGGAAACUCAAGAAGGAAACGGUGAUUUUCACUGGGAUCCAAGAUGAAGUUUCAGUGCAGCUUUCCCAUGACCCCUUGGAGCUGCACACUGUCGUGAUCGACUGCAGUGCGAUACAGUUUUUAGAUACAGCAGGGAUCCACACACUGAAGGAAGUUCGCAGGGAUUAUGAGGCCGUUGGUAUCCAGGUCUUACUGGCUCAAUGCAAUCCUUCUGUGAGGGAUUCCUUGACCAGAGGAGAAUAUUGCAAAAAGGAAGAAGAAAAUCUUCUCUUCUAUAGUUUGUCUGAAGCGGUGGCUUUUGCAGUGGCCUCUCAGAAGCAAAAAGGAGUGUGUGUUCUCAAUGGUCUGAGUCUUUCUGGUGACUGAGGAAGUAAAUUAAGAAGAGUGUCUUGCCAUUUCACCAUGCAGCAUUUUCUACUGUGAAAGAAGAAGGUGGUACACUCUUGGAAUCCUUCUCCUUUGAAGCUAAGCCUUUUGAUAUUCUCACGCGCAGUAGAGCUUAGAGUUGGGGGGAAUCAAAAAGAAGAAAAUGCUGUGGCUUCAGACUUCAUGCAGAUAAACACUCUUGGGGUACAAUAUAAACAGAAUGGGACUGUAACACAGCCCCCAAACCUGAUCGCUUUACUUUAGGGGCUGUAUAUCAGAACUCUGUCCUCCAGGAGACAGAGAGGUGAAGUUGGGGUUUGCUUUGCACACACUGGAGCCUUUGCAUGGCUCUGCGGAGAGGGGAAGAAGGCAGCGUUGCUGGGCCAGAGCUGGUGAAGCAUGAGGGCCUAACCAGAUGAGUUCUGUUCUCACUGCCAUUCAUUCCUGGUUUGUGUUUUGCUCCCAGAGAGCAGUAAGAUCUCUGGCUGGUAGUUGGAAAUACUGUUUUCCCUCUCCUUCACGCAGGAACUGUGGGAUAGUGUCCUAAGAGCAUCUGGCCCUGACAGCCAGCCUGCCACUGUACAGAAGCCCUAUUGUAAACAUCUGAUGUUUCAGUCAUGCCUUUUUUAUUUAGAAUAAGUAGGUAAGGAAAGAGUUCGGAAUCAUGAAGACAUGAGAGUCUUUGUUCUUUGUCUCUACCUUUGUUUCUGAGAGCUCUGUCUCCCCUUUGACUCAGCCUGCUGCUUUCUCCUGGAAUCUGCCUUAAGUUGGUAUUUCUGAAUCAGUCUCAUCAGACAAAGCAGAAUAUUUAUUGGCUCAGCAGCUUCUUGUAGCACUGUAAAUGGACUUGUGGUGCAUAUUCAAGGAGAGAUUUAAAAAAUGAAUGAAUGACAGUCCUCUUAAGAAAUGCUACCACCACCAUCAACAACCCACCACUGGCAUUUUAGCAGGGAUCUGCUGGGCAUUAGUAGUCUUUCUUAAAUAGAAGUGGCUGCUUGUAGAAGACUAUAGAGGUGAUAGAGUGCUUCCUCAUUGUGUUCAUAAUUACUUUGCAGAUGCUGUGAAAACAGUGUUGAUGUUUACUUCCACGUACCCUGUUGGUCUACGAUAAAUACUGAUGUCAGUAACCAGUUUUAACUUGUAUGCAAGAGGACUUGGGACUUUCACAGAGCCCUAGUUUUGCUGCUAUGUCUUUCUUGGUAGCUGGCCCUAGGUUAUGAACUGAGUAGUUUCUUCAGAAAAGCACUUUGACAGGUGAGAAAAGAAGCUCACCCAAGUGAGGCAUAGAGCACUAACCUGCGAGAGAGAGAUUACAAGACUUACCCAGGUCAUUAAAGUAACGAUUGCCAAAGUAGAAAAUCAGUUUUAGCCUGUUCUUAUAUGCAAAACAAUUUCAGAUAGUUAGGGGAUGCAAACUCUAUGCAGCAAACCUACUGAGGUAGAAUGCUUUUAAACAUCACACACGCACACGCACACUCUCCCUCUCCAAAAACCGACCCUGUUGUUUUUCUGUUGGUGUUCCGGUCUCAUUUGCUUAUGUAAGAAAUGCCCUUCUGAGAUCCCAGUCGAUCUCAGAGAAGAAGAUUUGGCUUUCUGUCUUCUGGGUGGUAAUGUUGAUAAAGACUACACUGAUGUGAGUUUGACAUCCCUCGUGAACUCUGCCCGAGAAUUUCAGAAAUGUUAACUGCUGCUUGCUUGUUCUUUUGUUUGACUCUCUAGCUUUAUGAAUAAUUGUAAGAUCGCAGUCUCCUGGUCAUUUUUUUAAAUCCCACUUGCCCUUUCCUCAAGCCAGGUUGGAAUUAAGACUGUUACAGAUGUUUAAUACUCAGUGAGAGACUAGUAGGUACAUGUUAGUGGCAGCUGGGGAGAUCCUCAGUAGUUAAAAGUACCUGCUACUCUUGCAGAGGUCCCAAGUUCAG